GUUGAAAAAAUAGUCUCAUUUAAUAUUAUAUAACAGCUAAUGCUAGAGGUAUUAGAGGUAAAUAAAUAAAAAAAAUACUUUUAUGAUAACAGAAAAAAAACUACAGGUUUAAUGAAAUCAGUUAAAAUCAGAGUGAAUUUUAACAUAUAAAUUUAAAUAUUAUAAAAAUCAUCUUAGCUUUUACAAACUUAAAUUGCAAUGAGUAAUUGUUGUCGAAUAUUAUGGAUUGCGAUAGUGAUCGGUUUAGGUGUGUUGUAUUACGAAAUAACUAAAGAAUUUCCAAAGCCAAAUAUACCUCUGGAUACAUGGUGGGGAACUGGAAAAUCACAAAAAAUUGAUACAUCAAUGAGGCCGUUUAAAAUUGCCAUAAACGAUGAGGUCCUUAAUACCUUGAAAGUGAAACUAAGUGAUGUGUCCUUUACUCCACCUCUUGAGGGCAUCGAUUUCCAAUAUGGUUUCAAUACAAAUACCCUGAAAAAACUUGUAGACUUUUGGCGAACUCAAUACAAUUGGCGCGAACGUGAAGCAUUAUUGAAUAAAUAUCCACACUUCAAAACAAAUAUUCAAGGCCUGGAUAUUCACUAUGUUCACAUAAAACCACAGGUCUCCAAAAAUAUCCAUGUUCUGCCAAUGAUUAUGGUUCAUGGUUGGCCAGGGUCAUUCGUGGAAUUUUAUAAGAUUAUUCCUAUGUUGACGACUCCGAGAACAGAUUACAAUUUUGUAUUCGAAUUGAUAUUGCCUAGUAUUCCGGGUUAUGGGUUUUCACAGGCUGCAGCUAAACCUGGUCUUGGUGCUACUCAAAUUGCGGUUAUAAUGCACAACUUGAUGGAUCGCAUUGGAUUCAAAAAGUAUUACGUACAAGGUGGCGAUUGGGGUUCUAGAAUCGUCAGCGCUAUGUCAACUUUGUUUCCAGAAAAUGUUCUUGGACACCAUUCUAAUUUAUGCUUUUUAAAUACACUAUCUUCAAAUAUAAAGUCCUUUGUUGGCAGUUUAUUCCCAGAAUGGUUUGCUGGAAAACAAAAUGUUCAUAAAAUCUAUCCUUUGAGCGAACACUUCUUCACCCUUUUGGAAGAAUCAGGAUAUUUCCAUAUCCAAGCUACAAAACCUGACACAGUUGGCGUUGCUUUGAGAGAUUCGCCAGCUGGAUUGGCGGCUUAUAUUUUAGAAAAAUUUUCAACGGGUACUAACAAAGCUUGGAGAUCUGCUAAAGAUGGAAAUCUACAAUCAAAAUUUACUUUUACGGAACUUCUCGACAACGUAAUGAUAUACUAUGUCACUGGUUCAAUUACAACUUCGAUGAGAAUUUAUGCAGAGUCAUACUCGUGGGAUCACUUGAGUUUGAACAUGGAUAGGGUGCCAACUAUUGUGCCGACUGCUUGUGCAAAAUUUCCCCAUGAGAUAGCUUAUAAAACAGACUUCCAAUUGGCAGAAAAAUACAAAACGUUAUUGCAGUCCACUAUUAUGCCAAGAGGCGGACAUUUUGCUGCAUUGGAAGAACCACUUCUUCUAGCAGAAGAUAUCUUUAGUGCUGUCAAGAAAUUUAUCGACCACCAUUCCAAAAAAGACAGCAAAAACCAAGAGAAUAGAGAUCUCUGAGAACUUGUAAUAAAUUAUUUGUGAUAAUAAUAUAAUGUUAAAAAUAAAUGUAAUUACUGUGAAAUAAACGAUAUGGAUUUUAUUUCAAACUUGUCAAAUAUAAA